CUCUUCUGGGGCUCCCUGGCGGCGCCUCUGGCGCCGCCCCCGGUGCGCUCCGCGUGCCAGGGAGGGAGUCCAGCGCCGAGGCAAAAAGUCCACGCUCCUCCAUCUCCUUGCCAGAUUGCCUCUGACUUGCCUGCAUCCCGCAGAGGGCAGCAGCCGCAGCCUCAAGAGCGCCCCGAGUGGUCGUUGUGGCUUUUUGUCCUUCCCCCCGCCGACCCCUUCCCUCCAAGGGGUGCCCGCUGUCUGGCGACACAGCCAAAAUUGGUCACGGACCCGCCUCGUCAUCCCCGAGGUCUCUUCCUCCUUUCUCCCUCUUCCACCACCUCUUCGCUCUCCCCAUCCCCCUGACCCUUUCUCUCCCCGUCCUCGUCCUUCUCUCCCGUGCCCUCGUUGUGGAGGGUAUGACACAAUCCCCCUGUCUGCACGAGGAUGAUCUACAUCUUCCAGGGAGUCCAGUCGAUAUGCAGCCUCCCAGGACUUGCCUGCCAGGCUUGCGCGGAGUGCUGCAAGUCGAUUAAUUGCCAGCCGUGCUUCGAGGGAUGUCAGUGGGUGAGCUCGCACUUCAAGCAUUUCCUGGAGAGACCCCUCAGCACCUUCGUGGCUGUCUCCAUCGUCAUGGGUCUAUGCGCCAUCCUCCUCGGCGACAUCAAGGAUCAGGUGCUCGGAGUGAUCAACAUAGCGUUCGCCUUCUUUUUCCAGUACAAGGUCUGGGAGCACAUCAUGGAGAAGAAGGACACAAUCGCGGCGGACGGCUGGGUGCCGAAGCAGACAGUCCAGGAAGCCUUCAAGACGGUGUUCCUGGAAGACUUGUUGGUGCUCGCGAUGUUCGUCAUCCUGGUCAUCGCCAUCUUCGCCACAGAAUGGGGAGGCGUGUUCUUCUCCGUAGCCGCCGUCUACGCCGUGUCUUGGUACUUCUGCGCCUGCUGCGCGGGCAGCGUGCAGAUCAAGGAGGGACGAGAGCGAGCGCGGCGAGGCGCUGUACGCAGGGGUCCCUGCCAAUCAGCAGAUGGCGCAUCAGCCGGUGCAGCCGAGCGCGGAGCAGGCGUUGAGAGGCAACGGCCCGUGAGGCGCGCGUCGGGCGCGGUGGCCUGUCCCUCGAACGCCUCCGCCAUCCCCCGCCUCUCUAGUCCGCCCUCCGUCCGAACCUCGCCUCGUCGCCUCCCGCCAUCCCCUUUCGUUCCCUCUACACUUCACCCAGAAAUUGUUUAG